AUGGAUGAGGAAAAUAUCGCUACGCUAGAGCGGAAAAGGCGCAAUGUCGUCCCGUUGAAGGAUUUUAUCGACGAGGCCCGUGGCGUGCUCGAUAUUCAGCAUUACCUCAACGAAGCAUCGAUCCAGACCUCUCUUUCUGCUUCAUCCCUCGAAGACGCCGCUCUCGCUCUCGUUCCAGAAAAUGUUGAUGAUCUUUCGCCAGAAGAUUUAUUGAAAGAUGUUCUUUUCUCGCCAAAUGGCCAGCUAAAAAUGACAAAAUCCAACUACGAAAUCGGCCGAUCCCUCGUCUCAUUCGCCUACCAAACCGAUCUUGCCAACAACCUUCCUUCGGAGAAAAACUCAAUGUCGAAAAUGGUCGACGAUUUCGUUGCAAAAGUCAAAGCAGAAGAACCCACAGAGUUUGAGCUGCCAGAUAUUCCUGGAGUAGAACCAGUGCCGCUUUAUCAUUUGGGAAGGGGACUUUGGGGAGAUAUUAAAAGGAGAGCAAGGUGGUAUCUGAGCGAUUAUGUCGACGGAGUGAAUAAUGUGAAGAGUGUUUCCAAGUCGAUUUCAGCCACUGUUUUUCUGUUUUUUGCCUGCCUCCUGCCUUCCAUAGCGUUUGGAAGUUUGAACGCAGGAGCAACUCGCGGCGCAAUUACUGUUCAAAAAACUAUCAUGGCUCAGGCAUUUGGAGGCCUCUUUUUUGCCUUGUUUUCUGGUCAACCCAUUGUGAUUCUUCUGACGACCGCUCCGUUGGCACUGUAUAUUUCAAUCAUUCAGGAUUUGGCCGAUAGGUACGAUUACGAUUUCUUGUCGUUUUACGGCGCAGUUGGGAUUAUGAACGUGGUCUUCAUUUUGAUUUAUGUGAUGAUAAAUCUCUCCAAAUUGAUGAAGUACUCAACCAGGAGUAUCGAAGAAGUCUUUGGGCUGUUCAUCACGUGCGCCUUUUGCAAAGACGCUUUGAAGCAUAUUUCCGAGUUCUUCGAUGAAUAUUAUUACUCACCAAUGAUCAACAUAACAGGCCAGUCUGGACCACAAAACGAUCCGAAUACAGUACCAACUUCUUGCGUACUCAGUACAAAUGGAAGUAUUCCAGAUUCAUGCCCUCAGAUAAUCGAGUCAUAUGACUUGGUCGCUUCUAGAGAUAAGGCUCUUCUGGCCCUUAUUUUAGCCAUCGCAACUGCUUGGUUUGGUCUUCAGAUAACAAGCUUCCGCAAGAGCCCUUAUCUGCUCGGCUGGAUGCGGGAACUUAUCGCCGACUACGCCCUAGCCCUCUCCGUCAUUGUUUUCUCCCUCAUUGGAUCAAUCGGGUUCAAGGAAAUUAAAUUGGAGAGCUUUGGAUAUGGAGAUUUAAAGCUUGAGUUUACCAGUGGAAUCGCUGAUUUGCCUGGAAGCGCGUGGGGCUGGGCCACACUCCUCGGUUUUUGCUUGUCGUUGCUUUUCUUCAUGGACCAGAAUAUUUCCGCCGCUUUGGUAAAUACUCCAGCAAACAAGCUAAAAAAAGGCGCCGCUUACCACUUGGACCUCCUCGUUGUUGCCCUUAUCAACAUUCCCUUAUCGCUUUUUGGGCUUCCCUGGAUUCACGGUGCCCUUCCACACUCACCUCUUCACGCAAGAGCCCUUGCAGAUAUCACGGAAAAAGUUGAAGAAGGUCAUGUGACAGAAACUGUCGAUUUUGUCAGAGAAUCAAGAAUUUCUGGAAUUCUGGCUCACAUUCUCAUUGGUUUCUCCCUCUUUGCCAUUCCGACUCCUUUAACCUCCAUUCCCAAACCAGUGUUAGACGGUCUGUUUCUCUUCCUUGGUCUUUCCGGUCUCGCCGGAAGUCAACUUUGGGAAAGAAUGCUUCUGAUCGUUACAGAACAAUCAGCCUAUCCGCCAAAUCAUUAUAUCCGAAGAGUUCCACAAAAGAGCAUUCAUUUGUUCACGCUUUGUCAGUUCAUUUUGCUGGUCAUUUUGGGCGUGAUUGGAUUCUACCCCUACCCUUAUUUGAAAAUGAUCUUUCCAAUUAUCAUCUUGCUGCUUAUGCCCGCUCGACAUUUCGUCAUCCCCAAAAUCGUCCCAGAAAAAUAUCUCCAAGCAAUGGAUGGUGCUCAUUGA